ACAAGCUGUGUUCACAUGGGACCCAGGUUUCAGCGCAUUUAUUAUCUUUCCUUGGAGUUUUACAUGGGCCGGACGCUGCAAAACACGAUGGUGAACCUGGGCUUGCAAAACGCCUGCGAUGAAGCCACUUACCAGCUGGGCUUGGAUAUGGAGGAACUGCAGGAGAUCGAGGAGGACGCCGGCUUGGGCAACGGCGGAUUGGGGCGACUGGCAGCUUGCUUCCUGGACUCCAUGGCGACUCUCGGUUUGGCUGCUUAUGGCUACGGGAUCCGCUACGAGUUUGGCAUUUUCAACCAGAAGGUCUGUGGGGGCUGGCAGGUGGAGGAAGCCGACGACUGGUUGCGCUACGGAAAUCCAUGGGAGAAGGCCCGUCCGGAGUACAUGAUCCCCGUCCACUUCUACGGACACGUGCAGCAUGGCAAGGAUGAAGUGAAAUGGGUUGACACUCAGGUGGUGCUUGCCUUGCCCUACGACACUCCCGUGCCUGGGUAUCGCAACAACACAGUGAACACGAUGCGGUUGUGGUCUGCCCGGGCCCCCAACGAGUUCAACCUGAAGGAUUUCAACGUUGGUGGCUACAUUCAGGCAGUGCUGGACCGAAAUUUGGCAGAGAAUAUUUCUCGUGUGUUGUAUCCCAAUGAUAACUUCUUUGAAGGCAAAGAGCUGCGUCUCAAGCAGGAGUAUUUUGUGGUAGCGGCGACUCUCCAGGACAUCAUCCGCCGCUUCAAAUCGUCCAAGUUUGGCAGCCGCGAUCCUGUCCGCACCUCCUUCGACGCCUUUCCAGAUAAGGUAGCCAUCCAGCUCAAUGACACUCACCCUUCGCUGGCCAUCCCAGAACUCAUGAGGGUUUUGGUGGAUAUCGAGAAACUCGAGUGGGAUAAGGCCUGGGACGUCACGGUGCGCACUUGCGCAUACACGAACCACACCGUGCUGCCGGAGGCACUGGAGCGCUGGCCCAUCCACCUCUUUGAGACCCUCUUGCCGCGUCACUUGGAAAUCAUCUAUGAAAUCAACCAGCGUUUCCUCGACAAAGUCUAUGCCAGUUUCCCGGGAGACCUCGACCGGCUGCGCCGUAUGUCCAUGGUGGAAGAAGGAAGCGUCAAACGGAUCAACAUGGCGCACCUCUGCAUCGUGGGCUCCCAUGCUGUCAAUGGAGUGGCCCGCAUCCACUCCGAGAUCCUAAAGGCCACCGUGUUUAAAGAUUUCUACGAGUUCGAGCCGCACAAGUUCCAGAACAAGACGAACGGCAUCACGCCCCGUCGGUGGCUGGUUUUAUGCAACCCUGGCCUGGCUGAGAUCAUCGCCGAGCGCAUUGGGGAAGAUUACAUCUCUGACCUGGAUCAGUUGAGAAAACUGCUCAACUUUGUGGAUGACGAAGCCUUUAUCCGGGAUGUGGCAAAAGUCAAGCAGGAGAACAAGCUGAAGUUCGCUGCUUACCUGGAGAAUGAAUACAAAGUCAAGAUCAACCCCAACUCCCUUUUCGAUGUGCAAGUGAAACGGAUUCACGAGUACAAGAGGCAGCUACUCAACUGUCUGCACGUCAUCACGCUUUACAACCGCAUCAAGAAAGAACCCAGCAAGCACUUUGUGCCCCGUACGGUCAUGAUUGGAGGCAAGGCAGCUCCCGGCUACCACAUGGCCAAAAUGAUCAUCAAACUCGUUACAUCCAUCGGAGACAUCGUCAACCACGAUCCCAUUGUUGGUGACCGACUCAAGGUGAUCUUCUUGGAAAACUACCGAGUCUCGCUGGCUGAAAAAGUGGUUCCCGCGGCUGAUCUUUCUGAGCAGAUCUCAACAGCGGGCACCGAAGCUUCUGGAACUGGGAACAUGAAGUUUAUGCUGAACGGGGCUCUCACCAUCGGCACCAUGGAUGGGGCCAACGUGGAGAUGGCGGAGGAAGCCGGCGAGGAUAACUUGUUCAUUUUCGGCAUGCGCGUGGAGGACGUGGAGGAGAUGGACAAGAAGGGCUACUGCGCCAAGGAUUAUUACGACCACAUCCCUGAACUGAAGCAAGCCAUUGAUCAGCUGAGCAGCGGCUUCUUCUCACCCAAGCAGCCGGAUCUCUUUAAGGAUAUUGUUAACAUGCUUAUGUACCAUGACCGGUUUAAAGUUUUUGCCGACUAUGAAGCUUACAUUAAAUGUCAAGAAAAGGUCAGCGCCCUUUACAAGAACACCAAGGAGUGGACGAAGAAGGUGAUCCAGAACAUCGGGACGUCCGGAAAGUUCUCGAGCGACCGCACCAUUGCCCAGUACGCCCGCGAGAUCUGGGGGGUCGAGCCCACCCGCCAAAAGAUCCCUGCCCCGGACGAGCCACGGGAAUGAGUGCCCCCGCCUCUGUUCACCUGCCCUGCCAUCCCCAGCAACUGGGGGGCUGCAAAGCACAUCUCCCAACGUGCCACCGAGGGGGACGUGCUGGGAAGACCCCCUCGCCUUCCUAGCUCCCCUCAGUAUAUAUAUUUUUUUAAAUUCACCAUCACCCUUUCCUUCGUAUUUCGCCCGCGCUUCCUUCCCCUCCUAGUUUGAAAAAAUCUUCUUUGUAGUUGUGGGGGGUCUGCAAAAGUGCUGGGCCAAGCAGGGGAAGGAGAGUUGAUUUUUCAACUCGGCCGAACCACACGUCGUCCGUCCGGGGAUUGUGAAGCGAGGAAAGGGGUUGCGAGCCGGAAGACAAAAGCAAAAGAAAAAAAAAUAAAGCUUUUAAGACA